UGUUUUUCAUACACGCUUAUAAAUUACUAUAUUCGUUUUUCUAAGCUUAUUUGAUUUUUCACUAAUCGCAAUAUUUAUGAGUUUUUAAAUUGAUAGUAAAUGUCAUGAUUUCCUCUACUGGUGCAUCUACUAUUCCGAAGAACGUUUCCAAGGAAGCAAUACAGUCAUCGGUAAUUGGUCCGCUAAUCUUUUCAAAAAAUGACUACGAAAAUCCACCUCCUACAAAGCUGGCGAAUGAUACAUCUGUGCCAUGCAUGUUGUGCGAUAAUGUGUAUAACUUCCGGAUAGGAGACUCUAGGGACCAAUAUCUAGCUCACCUAUAUAUGAUCCAUCGACUCGUGAUAGCAGACGUUCACGAAAUCGAUUGUUUAGUCAGCUAUUGCCAUUUUUGGAAGGAAAAGUUCCAAGAGCACCCGCUAGAGAAAUUUUGUUCUGCUAUGCUCAUGAACCAGUUACCCGAUGGUACUCCAGCAAUCGAUGAAAAAUAUUUUUUGUUAAGCAACAUCGAACCUACUGAUUAUGAACUAAGGCUGCGAUUAAAACAAGAUAUGAUGGAAUUAGUGUUGACACGACAUCAGUUCGAACGAACAGAUCGAAACUUUAACAGAGGCUGUUUAUAUUGUAGAGAUGUCCAAGCCGAAACCAGAUCGGAAUUUUUAGAACACCUGUAUAAAAAGCAUUUUCUGCUGCUAGGUAAAGCGGAGAAUUUAGUGUUCGUGGAUGAACUCGUUGAUAUUGUACAGGAAAAGAUGAACAAGUUAAUAUGUAUCUAUUGUGAAAAAACAUUCAAGGAUAGACCUACCCUUAAAGAACAUAUGAGGAAAAAAGGACACAAGCGAAUAAAUCCGGAUCUGAAAUCAUAUGAUCGCUUUUUCUUGGUCAACUACAAGAAUGAUCGGUUGAAAGGAACUACAAUAAAACAACCACAUAAGGCAAACUUAGGCAAAGAAGAGAACUCUCCUUUCCAUUCAGAGGACUCGGACUCAAACUGGUCGGACUGGUAUGGCGAAGAACAGCCAACAACUUGUCUUUUCUGUUCAAAUUCUGAACCGAAAAUCGAAAGUCUUAAAGAUCAUAUGAAAUUACAUCACGACUUCGAUUUCGACACUAACGUAGUUGGUUUUAGCUUUUAUCAACGAGUGAAAGUAGUGAACUAUAUUCGACGACAAAUGCAUGUACUGAAAUGUGUACUCUGUCGUGAAGUGUUCCACACCCGAGAGCAUCUCGAGAUUCAUCUUAAAGAAGCUGGACAUUUUAGUAUCGGAGAACAACAAUAUUGGGAUCAACCUGAGUUCUUUUUCCCCACUUAUGAAGAUGACCAAUUUUUAUGUCAUCUAGAAGACGAUAGUCCAGAUCAAUCAGACGACAGUUCAAUGGUCGUUUCAGAGAAUGUCAACGCUAAUGUAAGCACGGAAGCCGAAUCGCUGUCAUUGGAGGGUUUCAGAUUAGAAUAAACAUUUAUAAGCAAUGAAUGUUGCUAUAUUGUAUAUUGAUUAGAUUUGUUUAAAGGCAUUGUUUUGACUUGUGAUAUUUCUAAUUAGUCCAUAAAAUAAAAAUUAAAAGUAAAUAAAA